CUAUAUUACACUCUGCAAUCGAUUUUCCCUCCAAAAAAUUCCAUCUCUACCACUGCAACUCAGUUCCUCCGCCCAAAAUGAGUUCCUCACGAUCCUCCUCAAUCCCUUUCAAGUCGAAGAAACCGAUCCAAUCAGCAGCAACUCCAAAAACCAAAUCAAAACUCUCAGAGUCAGAUCCAAUCGCCACUCAAACGCCCGACAAACAGCCGGCGGAGCUUCCUUCUCGCCGCCUCCGUAACCGCGGCGUAGCUCUCUCCGUAAAGGAGGUACGGAAGAUAGCUCAAGGAGGUGGUAAUAACAACAAGAGGAUUAAAAAUGAAGCUGAUCAGCUCAUUAGAUCCGCUAGGAGACAGAUCUCGACUUGGCCGGAGGAAACCUCCAGCUGCAGCAGCGGAGGAUCGGAGAAGAAGAAGAUCGCGCCACCGGAGUUAAAGAUUCCGGCAAAGUAUGCAAUGUUAAUUGAGUUUUACAAUUCUCUGGAUAAUUCAAUUCGGCUGUUGAAGUUAAAGGGUUCCGCCCCUACAUUCACUAACAUUAGCCCUAAAAUCCAGUGUUUAACUGACAGGAGAUUUAGUUAUGGACAUUUAGCUCAAUUGAAAUAUUUAAUGCCGGAGGCUAUAGAAAUAAAGAGAGUGCUUACACUUGAUGAGAGGAGCAGUUGUAUGAAACCGGAUCUUCAUGUUUCUUUAAAUGUGAAUGCAAUUGAAUGUGUUUCCGAGUCGAAUUUGAAGUCGGAAAGUAAGCAUUUGCAGUUGAGGAAGGUUUUUCUAGCUCGUCUUGAGGAGUUUGUUAAAGCUCAUCCCGAGGGUGAUGAAGUUCCAGAGGAAUUGCUGCCAGAGCCGUUUAAUCGGACUAAGCUAGAUUUGAGUUCCGAUGAGACUAAAGCCGGGGCCUCAUCAUCAACCGGUGAAACAUCCACUGAUGAACAUACCAGCAGAACUGUCAAACCCGCUAUGGCAUCACAUUUCUCACGGUCUUUCACGAGACGUUUUUCUCAGAGAAGUACAAUAACUGCAGAAGAAAACAAUUGCAGCAAACCUUCAAUUGUUUGUCCUCAAGAAUCAGUUUUGCCAAUUCCUGAGCCGCAAUUUGAAAAGGUCUCCUCUAAUGUGGAAACAAAAUCUGCUGGCAUCCGAACACCUGGUCUCUUUGCAACUCCUUGCAAAGAAACAGAUUCUACAAAAAAGACCUUUUCUGCUAGAGAAACAGUUAGCCUCGAGUCAACUCCUGCAAAGUUUGUUUUGACUCCAUCUAAGUUAAUGUCAGUCACACCUUCCCCACAGUCACAAAAAAGAUGUUAUAUGACCCCAGAUGACACAUCUACCAGCUUACCAGAUAAACUAGUUCGACGGCCAUCAAGAUCCAGGUCUCUGAAAUUUGAAGCUGUUGAUGACAAUGAGAUUAAUGAUAUUAAACUGGAGGUAUCAGCCGAUGAAGAUAUUUCAAAGAUUUUUUCGGACAGCCUUUUGCAAUCGAUAAGAGAGAAAGAAAAAAAGGCGCAAGAAGAGCGAGAUCCGGCUAUCUCUCAAGCAAAGAGACGGAAACAGAUGAUUGCCUGCCUACCCAAGCUGUUCAACAUGAUGCAUUUCUUGUUUCAAUCGAUAAAGCGAUCAGUUAUCACGAAAGACGAGCUUAUACACAAGAUAAUUGCCGGCCAUACCGAUAUUUCCGACAGACGAGAAGUUGAAGAACAGCUUGAAUUGCUAAUUGAACUAGUUCCUGAUUGGAUUUCAAAGAAACCGGCAUCUAGUGGUGAUUUACUCUUCUGCGUUAACAAAAUUUCAAGCGCCGAAACUAUAAGAUCGCGACUUGAAGAAGCUAAUUGACAGGAGAAUUUCUUUCGAAGUAGUGAAAUACUGAUGUUCCUUUUUGUUGGGCUAAUGCUAAUGUUAUAAUUUAUCUUGUAAUUUUUUGCUCAUGUUCAUAAGAAAGUGUAGGUAGUUAGAUGGUCGUAUAUGAUUAGAAUUCUAACAGAACGGCAAGAUAGUUAAUUUAAAAGCCCAAAUUUCCUACAACUCUGUAUAAUUCAAGCAAUGGGAAGUUUGAUUAGUUUUUUUAUUUA